CAGGGGAAGCCAUGGCGGACCAUAGCAACAAAAGCUUAACCGGCUCGCCUCGCCAGCCCUUCCCUCAGAAACUUUCCCGCUUGGAAUCUCUGGAAAGAGAUCUGGAGUAUUUCUUUGGCCAGGACUGGAAGAAGAGAGUGAUUGUCCCUGCAGCCACACACAGAUAUGAACAGAGACUGAGAAAGAUUGGCAAAGACAACCCUGAGCUACUCGUUGCCCACGCCUACACCCGCUACCUCGGCGAUCUGUCAGGCGGACAAGUAUUGGGAAAAAUCACUCAGAAAUCUCUGGGGUUGAGCAGCAAAGAGGGGCUGUCGUUCUUCUCCUUCCCCGGCGUGAGCAGCCCCAACCGUUUCAAGCAGCUGUACAGGAGCCGGAUGAACAGCGUGGAGCUGACCGAGGAGGAGAAGGCGGUCGUUCUGGAGGAGGCCGUGGCAGCGUUUGAGCUGAACAUCCGGGUUUUUGAUGACUUACAGAAAAUGCUGAGCAUCACAACAGAAACGGACAUAUCAAAAAGGAGCUUGGCAGCUACCAGGGUCCCAGUGUCACCCAUCCUGCAAUUCACCAUAGGACUGUGUGUUGCCCUGGCAACUAUAGGAGCUGGAAUGUAUGCACUGUAGAAAUGUGGCUUUUAUACUCAACAUGCACGUGGAGCACUUUACAUGCUAAAUAUGAAAUCAAGAUUGAAUUUAAAUUUGAUCUAUGCAGCAGAACUGUAACUUGGAGCUUGUCAUGUACAAUGCUUUGCAAAGAGUCUGUUUCAGUUUGUCUUCUUGUAAACACAAACUCUAAUGGAUUUUACACAAUAGUAUAUAAUUGUGAAAUGGAAGGACAAUGAUGCAUGAUUUUGAAAUUAGUUUAAAAUAAAAAAUCUGAAAAAUGA